AUGGCACCUUCUGAGUCAGAACUCUCGUCGCUAUCAUCGGCACCGCCGACAGACGACGAAGCAGCUAUGGCAGUCGAUGAACCUAUUGGUAUCACCAAGUACUUCAAGAAAGAGUCGGAGACGCCGCCGCCGAAGCGGGAGCCAUCACCACCCCAUGAAUACGUUCUGGCCGACAACCCGAUCAUCGCAUUCAUCGUCACGUUCCGCGCGCGUUUCCACGAAUCCUUCCCUCGGGGAGUUCCACAUUUCGGACCCCAGGACAUCGAGAGAGGAGUUGAGGAGUCUCCCCCGGGAGAAUAUAUUGAGCGCCUACUAUGCGCAUUGCUGGGUCUCGUUUUGAAUCGCAAGAAGGAUGUUGAGCGGAAUCACUAUACGCGACCCCUCGAAGAAGCUAUUUCAACACAUCAGUCGCAAUGGCCCAAGGCAUGGCAGGGGAGGAACCCCCUUCACGGAGGCCGCAGCUUUAUGACGAUGGCGCCCGAAGAAAGACUGGAGCUGCUUCGGUCUCUGAUACUCUGGUCCCUGGCAUCAUCAGAUGCGAUCCAGGCCAAGAUUAAGGAAUCAUACAAGCAGGCGCGCCACGAUGACGACCUAAAUCAACCCCUUUCCGUUCAGCCAUGGGGUCGCGACAGCUUAAAACGCCGAUAUUGGCUUAUCGAAGGUCAAGAUGAUACACACUUUCGUUUAUACCGGGAGAGCAACCCCGCUCUCAAACACAACACUUGGUGGAGUGUUGCCGGUAGUAUUCCAGAGAUACAGGAGAUUGCCGAUAAGCUCCAAGAAGAAAAAGGCACAAAUUCGAAGAAGCUCAGCGAGAGGAUUCGGAAUGCCAUCCCUCGAUUUGAGGCAUCAGAGGACAAACGCAAGCGUCGGGACUACCGUCUCCAGCGCAAAGCGGCUUUCAUUCGACCGGAACCUGGCUUUUCCAUGUAUGAAGGACGUACUCGCGGUAAGAAGCUUAAGUACACCUACUCCGAUGAUGAAGAUAUGUUCUCGGAUGGGCUUCCUUCCCGACGAUCGACUCGCAAUGCAUCGUCCAAUGUGACACCGGCUGAACCUUCACGUCCUCGGUUUACUGCAAGCGGGCGGCAGAUUCGGUCCCGUGCCGGCGGUCUGUACGGAGAGGCGCUGCUCACCGGACAGCGCGAGGACUCUGAGUUUGACGAGGAUGAGGAGGAUGAGGGUAGACCCCAGAGAGCCCGGACCUCUAUCAAUCCUAAUGGGUAUUCGGGAUACAGAGACGAUGAUCUAGAGGAAGAGUCUGAAGCAGCCCCAUCGGAGGUUGGUGACAGCGGAAGAGAAUGGGGCGGCGAGGAAGACGAUGAGAAUGAGUUCGAGGGCGACGACGAGGGAGGGAACGUUAGUGGAGACGAGUCCAUCACGAAUGGAGAACCUCAAAGUCUUGUGGUCCAACUUCGCUACGGCAAAGGCAAUAUGCCUAGUCAACCCAAGGUUGCACAGGACGAGCCUCCCCCUGCCCGAGAGACCGAGAUGAAAGAUGCCAGCGAAGCUGAACCAUCUGCACAUCCGUCUCUACCACUCCAGCCAACAUCAUUGCCAACUCCAGCACCAGCAUCUUUCACUGCGCAGUCAGCCCCGGCAGUGACCGCACCUUCUUUACCUCCUGCACCCGUACCCCAGGUGCCUCAGCCGGCGCCGACAAUGGCUGCACCACCUAUGCCUCUCGGGUCAAAUCUUUCAGGAGCCACCCUCCAGGUUCCUACAAAUCCCAUUCCUGCGCCUGUCGAUUUUCAAAAGCCCACCCAGCCAGCCGAGACAAAUAGCCUGAAUGGACUUUCCGCCAGUGCUGAACGCCGACCUGUCCCAGGCAUAUCUCAUCCGCAGGCCCCUUUCACGCAAAGAUAG